AUGGCGUCUCAGCUUCUAUUUGUUCCUCAUUUCGCGCUCUUCCCUAAAGUCUCAUCCUUUAAUCCUUCCUUCUUCUUCUCAACACAAAAGCCUACUUUCUUUCACUCUACUUCCUCCGCUACGACCAGGAGAGUUCUCCAAUCCUCAUCCAAUUAUCGGUUUACUAACCUCCAAGCCGUCGCCGACGCUUGCUCUGAAGUCGAAAGCAACGAUGCCACCGAAACAACUGCUUUGACUCUACGAAACAUCUGCCAGGGAUUUGUGCCGGAGCAUAUUUUACAAAGAAUGGAUGAGAUUGGGUUUGUCACACCCACUGAUAUUCAAAGAGAAGCUCUACCUAUUUUGUUUACUGGCCGUGAUUGCAUCCUCCAUGCUCAAACAGGUUCAGGCAAGACAUUGACAUACUUGUUACUCAUAUUCUCUCUUAUAAAUCAACGAUCUUCUGUGCAAGCUGUAAUUGUUGUUCCUACUCGAGAGCUCGGCAUGCAAGUUACAAAGGUUGCUCGAAUGUUGGCUGCAAAAUCCACGGAUAUUGAGGCGAAAGGAUGUACAGUAAUGGCUCUCUUAGAUGGAGGUAUGCUUAGAAGGCAAAGAAGCUGGUUAAAGGCGGAGCCACCAGCGAUUGUGGUUGCUACGGUAGCUAGUUUGUGCCACAUGCUAGAAAAGCACAUAUUUAGACUUGACUCGGUGAAAGUUCUUGUUGUAGAUGAGGUUGAUUUCUUAUUCUACUCAUCAAAACAAGUCGGUUCUGUGCGGAAGCUUUUGACGUCGUUUUCUUCAUGCGAUAAACGUCAGACGGUUUUUGCCAGUGCUUCCAUCCCUCAGCACAAACAUUUUGUUCAUGACUGUAUACAGCAAAAAUGGACAAAGAGGGAUGUUGUUCAUAUUCACGUUAGCGCAAUCAUGCCAAUGCCUUUGUGCCUUCUUCACAAAUUUGUGGUGUGUGGGAAGAGUAACAAGCAUCAAGUGUUGCUUGCCUUGUUAGAGUCUGAUGCACCUGAAUCAGCUAUUAUUUUUGUCGGCGAGCAGUCUGAGAAGUCGAAAAAGGCUGGAAAUGAUCCAUCUACAACUCUGGUAAUUGAAUUGCUCAAAACUUCAUAUGAUGGCUCACUGGAGAUACUCCUAUUAGAGGAGGACAUGAAUUUCAAUUCAAGAGCAGCUUCACUGACAGAAAUUCGGCAAGGAGGAGGGUUUCUUCUUGUUUCUACUGAUAUUGCAGCAAGAGGGAUUGAUCUACCAGAAACAACGCAUAUCUUCAACUUUGAUCUCCCACAAACGGCUACAGAUUAUCUUCACCGAGCUGGAAGAGCUGGUCGAAAACCCUUCUCGGACAGGAAAUGCAUUGUUACCAAUCUGAUCACGUCCGAGGAAAGAUUUGUCUUGCAAAGGUUUGAAAAUGAACUAAUGUUCAGCUGCGAGGAACUGAUGUUGUAG